CACAUCUCGACGAAAUUUUUCGCUAUGGAUUUGUUUAUUGUGAAUGUGUCGCAAAGAUUUUAAUUUUUUAAUUUCAUGCAAGAAUGAGUGUUUUAAAUGUUCCGGAUAGUGAAAGUGUAAAGUUUGACGAAAUGGGAGACGUUUUAGGAAAGGAGUCGGAAAAUUCUGUGGAAAUGCCCGUCGACACGGUGCCCGAACUUUGUCACGAUAACGAAGAGCCAUUCGAAAACACACCGAAAAAAACAUCGGAAAACUGCGAAGACAGUGUGAUUUUGAAUAAAUUGUCUCAGCUGAAUUUGGAUAAAACUGAAAUUGGCACGGAAAUCACAAAUGGUUUCAAUGGUGUAUCAGACAGUGAAAAUGAGAACGAAGUAGUUCAUAAGACUGAAGAGGAAAAGGAUGGAAUCGAAACUGAGAAAGUCGUUGAAGCAGCAUGUGACUGUCGGGUCUGCAGCCAUGCAAGAUCUUCACCAUUAAAAGAUGCAGAAGAAAUGAAGCAGCUUAGUUAUUUGGAGGUUUGCAAUUAUGUAAGAACGGUCUACCACACCUCAACUCAAAGGAUCUCAACGAACGAAAAAUAUCAAGAUCAUAUGAAAAAUUUUGUUAAUUUAUUGUGUAACUUAGACCCACAUGAAUUAUUUCACCGACUAGAAGCGCAAAUUGAAGACUUCAUCACGGAAAUCAAGGUCAAAUUGUUAGAACUUCUCAAAGAGGAAAAGCAAACCUCUGAUUUGCCUAGAGUUUUCAUCUCAGAGCUUUUGGAUGGGUACAAAAAACUCAUGAUGGGUGCAAUGAGACUAGAACCUGUUUUACACGAACUAGAAUCAGUCCAUCUGAGUAAAUUUCAAACCACUUGGAAGAUAAUCAACCAGAGCAUGUACUAUAGCUACGUCUAUUCAGAUCCUGCCAUCCAAAGUAAUAUGCCUGUAUACAUUUCAUUGCUAAGUAGUUCGUCUUCAGAAACGGCAGAAGUUGACAAGAAUCUGAUUAGGUUGUUCCUUAGUUUUGAUGAUGAGAUAUCUGGAGCUCUUCAAGCUUGGGCUGAAACAGAAGCCAGUAUCAAAGCUUACAAUGAAAGCCUGAAAGCGAAGCAGGAGACGUUAAACAAGGAAUGGCAUCAGUUCAAAACCAAAUUGGAAGCAGCUAUCUCUGAUAUCAAAGAGAUUAGUGGUGAUGAAGGAGCUGAAAUCAAAGACUUUUCAAAUUCAAUCGAGUCAUUGGGACUGAAAUCAAGUGAUGAUGGUAGUGAAGGCUUGGAGCAGGGUGAUUUAGGCUCAGAUGACUCAUACAAUGAAAACAGUGACUGCAGCAGUAUCAGCGAUGAUGACUCGGAUGCAGACAUCGAUUCCAACGGAGAUGAGCAAAGUUACGAGAAAGAAGAGCUUUCGGAUGAUGAGGAAAGGCUCAAAGAAAGUUCGGAUCAAUGUGGCUCCUCGCCUGAUAAGAUGUGCAUGUGCCAGCAUAGGAAAAGUGUCACGCAUCAAAGUGCGGCCAAUAUGACAAAAGUAGAUUCAAAAGUUUCUAACCAUUCUGCCACCGAUUAUCCACCUCCUGUAUUCUCAGCAGUGGCACAGUCGCGCGACAAGGAGGCGCAACUGUGCACUGAGGCCGCUCCACCGUACUCAGAAGCGGCACCUCCGUACUCGGAACCUGCCCCACCGUACUCGGAAACAGUGACUCCUGGUCAGAAUCCGACUUCCGCUCCUGCACCAGCGUCAGCUCAACCUCGACCUCCAGCCAAAGUUGCAGUGCCUCCCAAUAAAAGCCAUCCACAAGGUCACCUGUGUCACAAACAUGUGGGUCGUUCUAUUGAAGAAGAAGACACUUGCGCUGAACAUGCAGCCUGCAACAAGCGAGAUUCCCGUCAGUGUAGUUGUUGUUACUGUGAAGUAUUCGGCCAUGCAAUGACGUCUGUGGCUCCGGUCAGUAGAAAUUAUCAAGAGAUACGUGAUAGAUUAAGGUUCCUACUCAACAAAAAGAAGAAAUCCAAAUCAGCCCCAGCUAAUAAUAAAGCCAAACAGCAGCCAGCAAAGCAGCAGAAUCAACCGGCCGCCAAUAAGCAGAGUCCUAAGGAAGAAGUUAAAGACCCGCGUGAUUUAAAUGACUUGCUCAGUUUUAUCGAAGGCGAGGCACGCAUGUCCAAAAGUGCCGCAAAGAAAGCAGCUCGCAAAGAGUAUCUUGAAAGGAAAAAGCAAGAAGAAAUUGAACGCAAGAGGCGAGAGGAAGAAGCUGCAGAGCGCAGACGACUAGCAGAAGAAAGGCGAAAGGCUGAAGAGGAGGAAGAGCGACGGCGUAUGGAAGAAAUUGAGGCGCGUCGGAAAGCAAAAAGCAAGGAGAAGAAGAAACGGCACAAAGAGAAGAUGCGACAGCGUCAGGCUGAGGAGGCGGCAGCCGCAGCGGCUGCUGCUCUUGAGGCCAAAGAGCGAGGUAACCAAAAAGGGAAGAAGAGCAGCAAAAAGAAUAGUACAACCACAGCAAGCAACGCCAAAAAUACUGCCACUUCAAACGCUGGCGUUAAAACGAAUAAAAUAAGUCUCAGUGCUGCUUUGAGUAAACUAAGUCUCAAGGAGGACGACAAGAAGGAGCCACAGAUUGUGACAAUCAAGAGGGUCAUGGAGUCGAAUGGGGCUGAACCUACUGUUACCAUCACGCUCAGAGGCGCCACUCACAAUGAGGACAAAGUUUUGUAUACCCUCUUCAAUGGGCAAGUGCGACCACUGAAGAAUGAAAACUCCAACAAGACUAGUAACUCCAAUGCCACCAAUAACUCCAAGAAGAAAAAUAAUAAAAAUAAACCUGAACCUAACGUUAAUACCAAACAAGGUAAAAAUAGCAAUUCUAAAACCAGUAAAACAGAUAACUCAACUAAUUUAAGUAGGUCUAUCAAUGUAGAUAAGAAAAACAACAUUGUCACUCUAACACGAACGUCGAACAAUGAUGUGAGGGUGAAGAUGCAGCCACCCAAUAAUAGUAGUUACUCUCCGUUUCAAAAUAGUUCCAUGCAGGGAAAUACAUACCCUCCUAAUGGAUACCCUCCAAAUAACAGGUACCCGGCCAACAAUGGGUAUCCCCAAAACAACGGUUAUCCUGCCAAUAAUGGUUACCCCUCGAAUAAUGGAUUCCCAAUGAGUAAUGGGUAUCCCCAAAGUAACGGAUUCCCCGGUGGAUUCCCUGUUAGCAAUGGAUUUCCUACAAACGGUUUCCCACAAAGUAAUGGGUUUCCACCAAAUAAUAGUUUCUUCAACAAUGUGACGCUUACAAGGAACUCACCACAGGCGCCAAGUGGGUACAUGCCAAACUCUGAGCCAGCGUUCAAACCACCCUCUCUUCCGCUGCCAUUCAAGAGGUCCUCCGUAGUCCUGCCUGAACCUGAAUUGACCUCUCCUACGGCCAUCCAAAUUAAUAAUGCAAUCAACAAAUUGGCCCAGCCACACAACGGAAGUUUUGAUCUUGAGAAUUUGAAACUGCCGCCUGGAAUAACCAUUACGAAGGUUAACCCUGCCACUAUCGAAGAAAGGAGGCCUUUACAGUCUCGACAGCAGCAACAGCAGCAGCAGCAGCAACAACAUGAGCAGCAACAACAACAACAGCAACAUCAUCAACAACAACAGUUCCAACAGCAGAACUAUCACCAGCAAGAACGUUAUGAUCAACAACACAUGUAUGGUGGCCAGCCUUCGUCCUCCAACGUAAUUGUUGUAGAUACGGGUAAACUCCAAGCCUCAAAACAGUUCAUCGAUAGAUCAGAUAUCAGUUGUGAAAGUAUUAGUAAUAGUGCCAAGCGAAGGCGAAGGAAGAAGAAAAACGCAGAAAGCUCAUUGAACAUGCCGAUGAGCCAGUCACUCAGUAGUAGCAAACUAGGGCCAAAAGAUCUUGCAAAAAACUCUCAAGCAGCCAUCAUCAAAGUAAACGGCUCCAUGGUGACAAUCAGAAGUCCAGCACUGCAGCAAGCGCUUGAUUCGCAAAACCCUCACUCCGUAGAUCAGAGUAAAAAGAAGAAAAAUAAGAAGAAGAAAACAGUACCGGGACAAAGGCCCAAAGAAGAAUGGAAUCUAGACAACAUCUUUGCCCCGAAGGACAUCGACCUUGAGAAUGGGGACAUAGACGAUGACGAAAAAGAAUUAGAAGCAUUCAAAAGGUUUUGUCUCCAGUCAGUACCCCCCGAAAGGAAAAAGAAGGUGCACCUGAACAUCAAGGACAUUGUGAUGAAGAAAAAAGGCCCGCCCAUCAGCUGCAACUAAGCUUGCACCGCUGAAUUAGUCAAAGAAUUUAAUGAUACUUUCCUGGAGUCAGUUCCUUAGCGCACUGAUAGCUCAGUCUUCUUUUUGUGUCUUUGUCUUGGAAUGUUAUUGCAGCAAAAUUUAAUGUAAGAUCUGUGUGCUUUCAAUUAGAUGGAUUAACCAGCAGCCUAAUUUUUGAAAUGUCGUGUUUGUUGACGGGAUUAAACAAGUUUAUGGAGAAUGAAGUUAUGUGAUUGGUUGGUGCUCUGACUUGUGCGUCUUGUCCUGCUGAUGAAGAGUAAUCGAUGAGAAGCUAAAAGCACCUCUUGAGUUGCCGAUACUUUAUCCAUCCUUUUCAAUCCCAUUCUUUAUUGGCACGACGAGACAUUUAUUGGCACGACGGGACAUACAACUCCGAACACUGAUUAAGCUUGUAACUCCUCUUUCCUAAAUCUUGUCUUAACCUGUGGACAAACACAAAAUUUCAACGAUCAGGCUGCAGAGCCUUAUUAUGGUGACAGGCUCCUCAUCAGAGGUACUGCUCCUCUCUUUGCAUCUGGAAACUUUCCUCAGACAUCUGGUUUCUUGUUUGCCCCCUACAUAUUCAAAUUUGUCAAGGGAAUAUCCGCAAAAACUUCAAACUAUCCUGUAGCAAUCUGGUAGGUUAUGAAUAACAACUUUUGCCACAGAUUCUAGCUGUUUCUGGGAGUUGUCUUUUAUUAUCAACUAAAUUAACGCUUUUGGCUAUUUAUUUUUCACCCUCUCUUUUUGGUAAUUUUAAGAUUAGAAACUUAGGGAAAGGCCUUAAAUGAGAGCCUCAGAAAAUGGCUUCCCAAGCAGUUCACUGUGAUUUUAAUGUUUUAAAUGAUUUUUAGAAACCAUGUAAUCUACUUUGUGUGUUUUCAAUGUUGAAAAGGACUUUUUGUUUGAUUCAAGUUUUAUCUUUAAUAUUGUCCUGUCUACAAAUUUUACUAGACCUGUUACAGUCUUUUUGGUGGCUUUAAGUUAGUCUACUAAGGUUUCAAAAGAAUUCAGUUUACAAAGGCUAGGAAUGAUAGGAAGUCAUAGUUCUGUUGUCGUCCCAGCUGAGAUUACCUAUUUUAUCCCUUCUACAUAUCCACCCUGUUAAAGUCUCUACUUUUCACGAAAAACAGUUGUUACUCUGUCUGAGUUUUGCUGUGCUCUCAUUAUCUCAAGAUAUAUAAUAUAGUCUCCUGUAAUCUGCUUACCGGUGGAUAUUUUUUGUCAUGAUCUCGCUUAGAGAGUUUUGAGAUUUUCUUGCUCUGAUUGGGGGAUUUGGAAGCAUUUAUCAUGUAAAUUGAAAUCUAAGAACAAGUAAAUGUAUUCGUUCAGAUUAAGUCAAUUACCAAUUUUUAUUCUGGAAUGCAAGCCUUAUCAAUUUUUCACCCAUAUAAUUAGAGGGAUGUAUCUUUACACACUGGAACAAUUUCAUCAGUUUUUUUGUUUUCUUACACCUUCAUGAAGUUCUGACUAAAUGAUGGGACAGUGUAAUGACUGCGUAACAUGGAGUUUAAUGUUGAUAGGCCACAAAUGUUCAUCAACUCAAUUAAAACUGAGUAAAGAAAACACUUGUUUAAUAUGACUCCUGGCCUUUAUUAAUUUCGUUCAUUCAGUCGAAACAUCAUGCACUAUAAAAUCUGACAGCUGUAAGAUCUGACUAAUUGUACGACUGUCUCAUAUUCCAAGAUGGGAACACGCUGACAGUUCUACCACUAUACCUAUUUUUAUUUUUGGCACUUUUCUUGUGGGUUUGGUGAAAAUUGCACAUUUUUAAUGGAGAGUUUCACCGAUUUCGAGCUUACUUUCAUUAUUCUCAGUUUGAGAGUCCUCCACAAUGGGGAUUUUAAGUUGGUGGUUCUAAAGUGACGGCACCCAGAUAGUUGGUGUACAUAAAGGUUGAUUUUUAUUCCUCUAGCUGGGCAUUAACUGUACAUUUUCUCCUGGCCAAAAUCGAUUUACUAUCGCAAACCAGGUACCUCUCUGUGAUUUUAAGAUGGUUUCUAUGAAACUUUCAAUGUGUUAUUUCACCGUCACUUUGUGCAGAAGAAUUUUUGAACAAAGUAAUUAAUACUGAAUUGAAAAACACAAAGGAGUGCGUCCAAGUACUCUAAAAAAGAAGCAGUGUGAAUUUUAACGUGAUGUCUUUGCACUUUGUAAAUACUGCUCUUUUUUUAAAUCAUUACUACGUAAUUUUUACCUCUGUUUUCCUCAACUGCUAUGACUAUGUUGCUGUAUUCAUUUAUUGUUAAGUUUCUAGUAUUAUGGUAAGUUUAAAUUUUUCUAGCUUUUGGGAUCUAACUUCUUAAGAAACUUGUGUCCUAGUUGUAAAUAGACUAUUUCAGAAAACA